AAUGACUCAUCCGCCGGCUGUUUUCACUUUAGCCAUGAGCCCAAACCGCAUUUAAGGCAUUCCGGUGUAGACAGCGGACUAGCAAACAAGUACACGCAAUUCCGCGAUUACGCAGCACACCUACAAUCUCGCCAGCCCAUCAAUAUGUUCGACUUUAACUUGGAAUUCGCGCGUGGAGGCGCCCGUUUCACUUCGGAACUGUUUCAGCUUUUGGCAACCGGUGGCUUCAAGGAGAACGUAGUCUUUUCGCCCUUCUCCAUCCAGACGUGCAUAGCACUCGCCUUUGCAGGAUCCCAAGGAGAAACGGCCGACGAGAUCGCCAAGGCUCUGCACUUUGUGUCCAACUUUCCUCCGGAGGUCGCACAGACUUUCCAGUUCGUUCUGGAGCAGUAUCGCAAUAGCAACCUGCUGCGAGUGGCCAACAAACUGUACGUGCAGGAGGGCAAGCAGCUGAAAGCAGCCUAUCAGGAGGCCAUCAAGGAGCAGUAUCACUCGGAGGCCGAGUCUAUUAACUUUGCACUCAGCGAUGCCGCAGCCCAGGCCAUCAAUGCGUGGGUAAACGCCAAAACGCAGGGCAAGAUUACGGAGCUGGUAAGCUCCGAUUCCUUCACGGACAACACCCGAUUGGUUCUGCUCAAUGCCCUCCACUUCAAAGGCAACUGGGCGCAAAAAUUUAACCAGGAACGCACCGAGGAGGAUGAUUUCUGGGUAGGCGAGGAGGAGCAGGUUAAGAUCAGCUAUAUGAACCAGAAGGCCAAGUUCGCGUACGGUUACUUCGAGGAUCUGGGCUGCACAGCCCUAGAGAUGCCCUACCAGGACUCUGAUCUCUCCAUGUUUGUACUGCUACCGCAAGAGCGUACUGGGAUCUACGCCCUGGCCGAGAAGCUCAAGACAGUGAACCUGGUGGAUCUAGCCGACAAGUUGACGGUGGAAGAAGUUCAUGUCAAGUUCCCCAAGUUCAAGGUGGACUACUCUCUGGAGUUGGCCGAGAAACUUAAGCAGCUUGGUGUCAAGAAAAUGUUUACGGAUGAAGCCGAGUUCAAUAAUCUGUUGGAAUCCCCGGAAGGCGUCUUUGUGUCAAAGGUACUGCAUAAAGCCACCAUCGAGGUGAACGAAGAGGGCACCGAGGCGGCAGCUGCCACCGGAAUGAUCAUGAUGACCCGCAUGAUGACCUUCCCCCUGCAGUUCCAGGCGGACAGGCCCUUCCUCUACGUCAUCUGGAACAAGAAGAACAUCCUUUUCGCAGGCGCCUUCGUUAAGGCGGCCUAAGAGCUUAACUCGAAGCGAAAAUCCUAUCUUCUUUUGUAUUGUUUUCAUUGAAAGUAUUUUUAAAUAAAUAAGUGCUCCUUGUCAAAGUAAAA